AGAAUCUUCUCCCACCCAAACGUGUUGCCCAUGUUGGGGGCAUGUCAGUCUCCACCCGCCCCUCAUCCAAUCAUAAUUACACACUGGAUGCCCUAUGGCUCCCUCUACAAUGUGCUUCACGAGGGAACCAACUUUGUUGUGGAUCAGACGCAAGCGGUGAAGUUUGCUUUGGAUAUAGCUUGUGGAAUGGCUUUCCUGCACACACUGGAGCCCAUGAUCCCUCGGCAUUCUCUCAACAGCAAGAGCGUCAUGGUGAGGAACUUAAAGCAGACAUUUCCUGUUAAUCUUGGUUUCUACAACUUUGGGUUUUUCCAGAGUGUCUAUUCCUGUUCUACAAGAGAACAUUAA